AUGGCGCUAAAUAAAUUAAGCAUAGAUGCUGUAAACUUAAGUGGCAAGCGAGUUUUAAUGAGGGUUGACUUCAACGUUCCCCUCAAAGAAGGAGUAAUCACCAACAACCAACGUAUAGUAGCAGCGUUGGAUUCUGUCAAAUAUGCGCUAGAUAAGGGAGCAAAGUCAGUCGUUUUAAUGUCACAUCUUGGUCGACCUGAUGGUCAAGCAAACCCAAAAUAUACUCUUAAACCUGUAGCCGAAGAGUUGAAAAAGCUUUUAAACAGAGAUAUACAAUUCCUCCCUGACUGUAUUGGUGCUGAAGUAGAAGCUUCUUGUGCUGACCCACCAGUUGGCUCAGUAAUAUUGCUAGAGAACCUGCGCUACCAUAUUGAGGAGGAAGGAAAAGGUGUAGAUGCUAGUGGGUCUAAAGUAAAAGCUGACCCAGAAAAAGUAAAGGCUUUUAGAGCAACCUUAAGGAAACUUGGAGAUAUUUACAUAAAUGAUGCUUUUGGUACUGCUCACAGGGCACAUAGUUCAAUGAUGGGUGAAGGUUUUGAACAGAGAGCUAGUGGAUUCUUAUUAAAGAAAGAAUUACAAUAUUUUGCUAAAGCAUUACAUGAACCAGAAAGACCCUUCUUGGCUAUCCUUGGUGGUGCGAAGGUUGCUGACAAAAUCCUGCUAAUAGAGAACUUACUGGAUAAAGUGAAUGAAAUGAUUAUUGGUGGAGGUAUGGCUUAUACUUUCUUGAAGGAAACAAAGGGUAUGGCUAUUGGUAACUCUUUAUAUGAUGCGGAAGGGGCUAAAAUUGUUGCUAAAUUAUUGGAAAAAGCAGCUAAAAACAAUGUUAAACUUCACCUUCCUGUUGAUUUUGUAACUGCUGAUAAGUUUGAUGAAAAUGCACAGGUUGGUGCUGCAGACGUUGAGACUGGUAUACCAGAAGGCUGGAUGGGUCUUGAUGUAGGGCCUAAAUCAAGGGAACUCUUUGCUGACCCAAUUGCAAGAGCUAAAGUUAUUGUAUGGAAUGGACCAGCAGGUGUUUUCGAGUUUGAGAAAUUUGCUGGAGGCACACGCGCCCUCAUGGACGGCGUUGUGAAGGCCACCGCUGCUGGAGCUGUUACUAUCAUAGGUGGAGGUGACACAGCAACUUGUUGCGCCAAGUGGGGAACGGAAGACAAAGUAUCUCACGUGUCUACGGGUGGAGGCGCUUCUUUGGAGUUGCUCGAAGGCAAAGUUCUUCCAGGUGUUGCAGCUCUUACAGAUGCCUAA